GCUUGCUGGAGCGGACUCAGCCAGAGUGGAACAUUCUCAGCCAUGGGAGAAGGUUGAGCCUGAAGUUCUCAGAGCCCGAGCGGUGCGUUAUGGAUCGCAGCAGGCUGAAGCUCCUGGCACACCCUGAUUUGUACCCUGCUGCUCAGAAUGAUGUAUGUGGCAGUUCUCCAAAAACCGCUGUUUGGGUAUCUUUUCACCCUCAUAGUCCUGCAGCUGCCCAAGAUGAAUGCAGGUCACUUUCAAAUCCUUGGACCCCUGGAGCCCAUCCUGGCCUCAGUGGGUGAAGACGCACAGCUCCCUUGUCACCUCUCACCCAGUGUGAGUGCUGAGCACAUGGAGCUGCGCUGGUUCCGGAAUACUUUCUCGCCUGCGGUGAUGGUGUACCGUGAAGGCCAGGAGCUGCAGGAAGAGCAGAUGAUCGAGUAUCAAGGGCGGGUGAUCCUAGUGCAGGACAACAUCACUUUGGGGCACGUUGCUCUAAAGAUACACCACAUCAGAGCAUUUGAUGAAGGGGUGUAUGGGUGCUUCUUCAGGGAUAAACAAGACCAAGGAGAAGCCUUCCUCAUUCUGAAUGUAGCUUCUGUGGGUUCUGAUCCUCACAUCAGUAUGAAAACUCAAGAGAAUGGAGAGAGGGAGCUGGAGUGCACCUCCUCUGGAUGGUACCCAGAACCUCGGGUGCAGUGGAGGACAGCAAGAGGAGAGAAGUUACCACCCACAUCAGAGUCCAGGAAGCGUGACGAGCAAGGCCUGUUCACUGUGUUGGCUUCGAUAACCAUCAGAGACAGCUCCAUAAGGAACGUGUUCUGCUGCAUCCAGAAUAUCCUCCUCGGACAGGAGAAGGAAGUAGAGAUCUUUGUAACAGCACCGUCUUCCUCAACCUGGGAUCCCAUGUUGCUGUUGCUGUUGCUGUUGCUGCCAGCAUUCCUGGGCCUUACUGGAAUAUACGUUGCUUGGAAAAAAUGCAGGACAAGACACAGACAGAGAAAUGGCACAGUUGACUCUAUAGGUAAGUCAUAGGAAAGGAGGUGACUCAUGGAUGGGGG